UCAAAAUUAUGAGACAUUUUAGAGUGCUUAGACAGGCACAGGAGGUGCUCAUUCGUUCUGGGAAAGGCAACCCCACUGGGCUGACGGGCAUUUAUCAACAUCCCAACCCACGGCCCGUUCUGAUCAAGCUCUACAACUCGACGCUGGCGAAGCUGAAGGAGAAGUUCCCUGAGGAAAGUGUUUACCGCAAGAGUGUCGAGUCGCUGACCAAGAGCAGGCUGGCCGUUGUGGAGGCAAACGACGUGGUGGAGCAGAUCGAGCAGAAGAUCGGAUGCGGCCUGGUGGAGGAGCUGAUCAUCCAGGCAAACGAGGAGUACGAGCUGCUGCACAAGAUGGCCGAGUGGCGGGUCUGGGACGAGCUGGAGGAAAAGCCGCUUCCCGACCAAUGGGUUUACUGGGGCAAGGGAGUUUGAUGCUGCGCAAAUAGCUUCAAGUAUUUAUGAUUGGCACAGUAGAGAGCUUUUUCCGCGCAAGAAAUAUUUUUCAGCAGAUAUCUGUAUGUUACGGACUUGUUUUCCACGGCCAGUUGUGAGACCUUUUGUUCGGACCUAUUUGCCGCGGAAAAAACCCAGCAUGUUCAAGAUCAGCGACAUUUUCAAACCAAAGGUGGAGGUCGAAAAGGACCAGCUCGAGGGGCUGACGCCCAUCAACGGCAAGUACGACCACCUGCUCCCGAUCGUGUGGAUCGACUGCGAAAUGACCGGUUUGGACCUUCUGAACGACCACAUUAUCGAGAUCUGCGCUCUGGUCACCGACAAGCAUCUCAGACUCAUCGACAACGAAGGGUUUGAGGCCGUGAUUCAUUAUUCACAAGAGCGCAUGGACCAGAUGGACGAGUGGUGCAGGACGCACCACGGCGACUCUGGGCUGACGAAGAAAGUGGUCGAGUCGUCCAACACGCUUGAAGAUGUGGAAAACCAACUUCUGGAGUACCUCAGCAAGUAUAUGUCGAAGGGCGUGGGAAUUUUGGCUGGCAAUAGCGUGCACGUUGACAGACAGUUUCUGUGCAAGGAGAUGCCGAAAAUUACAGAUUAUCUGACGUAUCGGAUUAUCGACGUGUCGUCUGUCAUGGAGAUUUGCAGAAGACACAACCCGCAGGUGAACGAGUUCAGUCCAGAAAAGGUGGGCGCGCACACUGCCCGGAGCGACAUUCUGGAGAGCAUCAACCAGCUCAAGUACUACAGAGACGUGUAUUUCAAGGGUCCAGGGGAGGUGGACUUCGGCAGCCGAAAACGGCGGCACGCGUAAGUGUUCCUUGUGUAAGAGAAAUGUAAGAAUC